CAUACGUCCAUGAAUGCACAUGUACUGUAUAAGUUUUCACUGCCCCAGUUUGAAUAGUAAGUCUCCUCGAUUACAUUGAGGUGUACACACAGAUUGCUAGAAGGCGUUAGUGGUACUGGUCCAAAGAUUGUAUAGGAACUGUAUGUCAUAGAGAUAGCCUAGCUCUGCCGUAGAAGGUACCAGCCAAAAAGAAAAGAGAGCAAUUUUAUAUCAACUUACAGACCUACAGAAGCCAGAGUUUAGUGUGAGCAGAGUGUUGAGCUGAAGAAAUGGACAUAUUUGGUGUGGGCAACAGAGGAAAGGGGGUACAGAGAGCGACAAAUGUGGUGUUCCAAAGUCACCAUGUAUCCAGAGACAAGCGUGGUAAAGCUCUCGGCCAGAAGGGAGGCUUCCGUGGGUGCACCAUCUGGCUCACAGGAUUGUCUGGUGCUGGCAAGACCACCAUCUCUUUUGCUCUGGAGGAGUAUUUGGUUGGUCAGGGCGUCCCUGCCUACAGUCUGGACGGAGAUAACGUCAGGACGGGGCUGAACAAAAACCUCGGCUUCACCCAGGAGGAUCGUGAGGAGAACAUCCGCCGUAUCUCUGAGGUGGCCAAGCUCUUCGCUGAUGGAGGCAUCAUUUGUAUCACCAGUUUCAUUAGUCCCUUCUCCAAGGACAGAGAAAAUGCCCGCAAGUUACAUGCUGAAAGUAACCUGCCUUUUGUGGAAUGUUAUGUGAACACACCGCUCAAUGUCUGUGAGGCCAGGGAUGUUAAGGGACUGUACAAGAAAGCCAGGGCUGGAGAGAUCAAAGGUUUCACUGGAGUGGAUUCCAGCUAUGAGGCCCCAGAGAACCCAGAUGUGACCCUGAAGGCAGGUGACCUGAGUGUGGAUGAAUGCGUGCAGGAGAUAGUCAAGCUCCUUGUUGACAAGGAAAUCUUGCCUUCUGCAGUGAAAAACAAUGUUCGUGAGUUGAUGGUACCAGAGAACAGAGUGGAGGCUGCCAAGGCUGAGGCAGAGGCUCUGCCAGCCCUCAACAUCACAAAGCUGGACAUGCAGUGGCUGCAGGUUCUGGGUGAGGGAUGGGCAACACCCCUCACUGGUUUUAUGAGGGAGAGGGAGUACCUGCAGUGUCAGCACUUUGGAUGUCUCCUUGAUGGUGGAGUGAGCAAUCAGUCAAUCCCGAUUGUCCUGUCAUGCAGCACUGAGGACAAGGAGAAGCUCCACGACUGUGCAGCCUUCACGCUCCGUUAUGAGGGAAAAUGUGUGGCCAUCAUGCGAAGUCCAGAGUUCUACGAGCAUCGUAAAGAGGAGAGAUGCUGUCGUCAGUUUGGGACCAGUAACAAGGGCCAUCCGUACGUCAAGAUGGUAUACGAGAGUGGUGAUUGGUUGGUCGGAGGUGACCUGGAGGUCAUUGAGCGAAUCACUUGGGGUGACGGCUUGGAUGAAUAUCGCUACACUCCAAAGGAACUACGCCUGAAAUUCCGGCAGAUUGGGGCAGAUGGAGUGUUUGCGUUCCAGCUGCGUAAUCCAAUUCACAAUGGCCACGCCUUGCUGAUGCAGGACACAAAGAGAAGGCUACUAGAAAGGGGCUUCAGCAAACCAGUGUUGUUGUUGCAUCCUCUGGGUGGGUGGACAAAAGAUGAUGAUGUCCCAUUAGCUGUGAGAAUGAGGCAGCACAAGGCUAUCCUGGAUGAGGGUGUGUUAGACCCAGAGAGCACAGUGCUAGCUAUAUUCCCCUCCCCCAUGAUGUACGCAGGACCCACAGAGGUGCAGUGGCAUGCCAAAGCUAGAAUGUCCACAGGUGCAAAUUUCUAUAUAGUUGGUCGUGACCCAGCAGGGAUGCCACAUCCAGAUGGUGGGAAAGAUCUGUUUGAGGCUUCACAUGGCGCCAAGGUGCUCACAAUGGCCCCAGGUCUCACUCAGCUAGAAAUUGUCCCCUUUAGAGUAGCCGCGUACAACCAGAAGAAAAAAGCCAUGGACUUCUUUGAUCCGGAAAAGAAAGACGACUUCAUCUUCAUCUCGGGAACCAAAAUGCGCAAAAUGGCCAGAGAAGGCACAACGCCUCCAGAUGGCUUCAUGGCUCCUAAAGCUUGGAAAAUCAUGCAGGAGUUCUAUCAGAGCAAAGAUUAGAUAGAUAUCUAUGUAUGUAUAAAUCCAUAACAGCUAAUCCUAUUUACUUACAGGGUUGACAGCUUAACCUAUAUAUGGGAAAUCUUGUUACUAGAUUACUUGAGGUGUCUAAGUUGUGGUUAAUAUAUUCAUGAGGGUAAAUAGUUUGGGUCCAUCAAAAUACCGCUAUUUCUUGUUAGUAAUUCUUAAACCUGUGAUAGAUGUGAUGCUUUUAAAACUGCUGAAGUGGUGAAAAAAAAAAGUAUUAUAAGUUGUAUGUAUUCAUGAAUUUUGAUCCUUUUAUGAGCUAGUGUAAGAAAUUUAACUGAAAAGACUUAAAACUGGUUGUGCGAAGUUACUAAAAAAAAAGUCUAAAAAUAGUUUACCAUGUCAUUUUUAAAAUGCUGUUCGUAACUUUCUCAUGUACGCAAAUCAUGCAUGAAAACAUUAAUUUCCUGUUGGGAAGUUUUACCGGCUCUUGAUCUGAUUUCUUUAUUAUCAGAGGGAAACUUUUGACAAUUUUAAUUCAUCUUAUUGAUCAGUUCAAUGGAUAUUUGUCAAUAUUGUCAGUGUCCACUUCAUGUAUUUUGGGAGGUAACCAGUGCAUUAGCAAGUCAUAGGGUGGGUCAUCUUCAUUGAGCUGGGACCACACAUUACUGCUCACAAAUUUUCAUUUUCCUGUGUUGUUAUACAGAUCUUUAUCAUGUUAUGGACCCAGAAACAAACUUGGUAGAAACCAAGAAAUGAUGGGAACAAUAAAUCUUCUUUAUCUGGUGCAUGAUAACAAUGGUGUUCAGAUGUCUCAUUCCUUAACUUACUGAUCUUUAGUGGUCCAAGCUGUCAGUUGGCUAAUAGUGUUGCAGUUCGUGUUUGUAAUAUGAUUGUGUACCAUCAACAGUGCAUUCUGUAGCCUAAAAAGCUACACCAGUAUCAA